AUGUGCUCCCUCCCCAUGGCAAAAUACUACAUAAUUAAGGAUGCAGAGCAGAAGGCUCUGUGCACGAGAGACCGCCACCUCCUGGUGGGGGAUCCCGCCGCAGACAACUGCCGAGCAGGAAUGAUCUGCAUACUCCCCAACAGAGGCCUGGGCCACACCAGUUUCCCCGUCUUCCUGGGGAUCCAGGGAGGCAGUCAUUGCCUGGCAUGUGUGGAGGCAGGGGAGGGGCCUUCCCUGCAGCUGGAGGUGAGAGACCGCACCCUGUUUUGGGGGCCUCGAGGGCUGACACGCAAUCAGCAAUCUUAUCCAACAGCCGCCUUCAGGCUGGAGGCUGCUUCCUGACCUGACUGGUUUCUCUGUGGCUCAGCUGAGCCCCAAGAGCCUGUACGACUCACCAAGGAGAGUGAGCCCUCAGCCUGCACUGAGCUCUACUUUGAACAGAGUCGGUAG